CCGCCGCCGCCUCCUAUAUGGGCCACCUGCUCUCCAAGGAGGCCAGCAGCCUGAGCCGGGACAGCGCCGGCCGCCGCCGCCGCCGCCGCGGGAGGAAGGUGCCGCCGCGCAGCCGGAGCUGCUUCCUGCGCGGGCCCUGCAUGCUCUGCUUCAUCGUGCACGGCGCCAGCUCGCCCGCCCCGGAGCCGCCCCUGCCCGCCGGGGACCCGCCGCCGCCGCCCUACGCGGCCCUCGCCGCCGCCGAGCAGCGCGCCGCGCGCCGCCUCCUCCGCCUGCCGCCCGCCGCCUGCUGGGAGCCGCGCGGCCGCUGCCGGCGCCUCCUCCUCUCGGGCCUGCUGCCCUCGCCGGUGCGAGGCCUCCUGGGGCCGGCCGGGCCGCCCGGCGAGGCCGUCUCCGAGAUGGUGUGCAAGCGCAAGGGGGCCGGCCUGCCCGCCUGCCCCCCCUGCAAGCAGCCGCGCUGCGCCGCCGGCGCGGCGGAGCCCGAAGCCGCCGCCUGCCAGUGCCCCGCGGAGCCGCAGCCCCGCGCCCUGCCCUCGGCCGCCGACGGCGCGGGGAGCGGCGGGGCCGCGGACGAGAGGGAGCAGGAGGGAGGGAAGGAGCGGAGCGGCGAGGCGGGCCGCGAGGAGCCGCUGGAGCAGCCCGGAGACGGCUGCCGGGAGCCGCCGCCGCCGCCCGACAUCAACCAGCUGCCGCCCUCCAUCCUCCUCAAGAUAUUUUCCAAUUUAUCCCUGAAUGAGCGCUGCCUUUCAGCAUCAUUAGUUUGUAAAUAUUGGCGUGACCUGUGUUUAGAUUUUCAGUUCUGGAAGCAGCUGGAUCUGAGUAGUCGCCAACAGGUCACUGAUGAAUUGUUGGAAAAGAUAGCAUCAAGAAGCCAGAAUAUUACUGAAAUCAAUAUUUCUGACUGCCGCAAUGUAUCCGAUACAGGAGUUUGCAUAUUGGCAUGUAAAUGUCCUGGACUGCUAAGGUAUACUGCUUACAGAUGUAAGCAACUUUCUGACACCUCUAUCAUGGCAGUUGCCUCUCAGUGUCCUCUUCUUCAGAAAGUACACGUAGGCAAUCAAGACAGACUCACUGAUGAAGGUUUAAAGCAGCUGGGUUCAAAAUGCAAAGAAUUGAAAGACAUUCAUUUUGGUCAGUGUUACAAGAUCUCAGAUGAAGGAAUGAUUACUAUAGCUAAAGGCUGCCUGAAGUUGCAAAGAAUAUACAUGCAAGAAAACAAAUUAGUGACAGAUCAGUCAGUGAAAGCAUUUGCAGAGCACUGUCCUGAGCUACAGUAUGUUGGUUUCAUGGGCUGCUCCGUAACAUCUAGAGGAGUAAUUCACCUCACUAAUCUAAGAAAUCUUUCUAGCCUGGAUCUACGUCAUAUCACAGAACUGGAUAAUGAAACAGUGAUGGAAAUAGUAAAGAGAUGCAAAAACCUUAAUUCCCUCAAUCUGUGUCUGAACUGGAUCAUUAAUGACAGGUGUGUGGAGGUGAUUGCCAAAGAAGGCCAGAAUCUGAAAGAACUGUAUUUAGUAUCGUGUAAGAUCACAGACUAUGCUCUGAUAGCCAUUGGACGAUACAGCAUGACAAUAGAGACGGUGGAUGUUGGAUGGUGCAAAGAAAUUACAGACCAUGGAGCUACCCAGAUUGCACAGAGCAGCAAGUCUCUCAAAUACUUAGGACUGAUGAGAUGUGAUCAGGUGAAUGAAGCCACGGUGGAGCAGCUGGUGCAGCAGUAUCCACAUAUAACCUUCAGUACUGUUCUACAGGAUUGCAAGCGGACAUUGGAACGAGCUUAUCAAAUGGGCUGGACUCCCAAUAUGUCUACUGCCUCUUAAUGUCAUGCACCGACAUGACAGUUCCACUCUGCUGCUUUCAGUUGAUCUAACGGGGACUGCAGAGGUUCACAACCUGUCAUUGUGAUAUAUACAAUGAAUGCAAUAUAGUUGUGAGUUUACAGAGGUUACAGUAAAAUGGAAAAAACUGUAUACUGACUUUGAUGUACUGUACAACUAAGUACUGGUAUUGAGACAGAAUUUUAGAAAUGCAUUGUAUUUCUUUGUUUGCAUAAAAGACAGAUUUCUUGAAGUGGAUUCCUACUAGUUCUAUGGAUAGUUUGAGUUAUAAAAGAUACAAAGCUUGUUUUUUUUGUGUUUACUCUACUUUGCCUUGGUUAUGUGUGUUUCCUUUGAUUUGUAGAUGGUAACUCAGUGCUAGCAUCAGUGUAGCUGAUCAGCAGAGACCUAUGCUGAAAAUGGGAGCUACACUCCAUGCUUAUUUUAUACUAAAGCUACCCUAGGAGUUUUAAGAUUCACAGUGUAUAAGAAAAUCUACAAAGAGCUGGGAUUGUCUUACAGACUUUUGGGGAAUUAUACAAGUCAUUAGUAAAUGAUUAUGAUGACUAAAUAUGUAUCUAACGGACAAUCAUAUAAUCAUUGAGUCCUAGAAUUGUUUGGGUUGGACGGAACCGUAAAGAUUCAUCUCUUUCCAAUCCCCUUCCACAAAUAGGUUGCUCAAACCCCUUCUGAUGUGGCCUUGAACACCCACAGCUUCUGGUUAACCUGUCCCAGUCUCAUCACCUGCUAAGGAAAUAAUUUUUUCCUUAAUGUCUAAUAUAAAUCUAUUCUCUUCCAUUUUAAAAUCAUUCUCCUUUGUCCUAUCAUUACUUUUGUCCUUGAUAUAAAGAGAACUUGAUAAAGAGUCCCUUCCUAUCUUUCCCAUCAGUCCCCUUUAAGUACUGGAAGGCAGCUGUAACGUCUCCCCAGAGCAUUCUCUUCUGCAGGUUGAAUAAGUUUAACUCUCUCAACCUUUAUCACUUCACAGAAAUUAUGUCUUCUUUUUUUUUGUUUGUUUAAAAUAGUCUUUUAGGAGAUCUUCUACAGAUUUCAAGAUCUUUUCACACUGCAGGUUUUGCAGGAAGUGAGUUAACAAUGGUUGAACUCAUACUGAUAACCAGUUCCCACUUCAUAACCAGUCAAGCAGGAAGUGAGUACACCAACAAUCAGAAGUAAAUUAAAAGACAGUGCUUAAAUAUCUGAUUGAAAAAAAAAAAAAAAAAUUCUUUUUUUUGUACGUGGACUCAUCUCUUCUGACUACAGUGUUAUGUUGCUGAACUGGGCAAUUCAAGUAAAUGGUUAGAAUA